AGCGCAGGGCUUGGGAGGCUCUCUGUGAAGCUCCCAGGAUGCUCCCCAGCUCCAAGAAGUCCCCUGAGCAUGCUCAUCUUUGGGAAGCUCCAGAAGAGUGGUGACCUGUCUCCUAGGAGCAGAAGCACUGCCUCCCCCGUCUUUAGGACCUGGGUGUAGGGUCCUUUAGAGCCUCACUUGGGCAUAGGACUCCCAUUGUUCCAGCCCCCCUCUUGUACCCCAGACUAGCCAAACCGGUUCUGGGGAAGGGGGGCGGGGAGCAGGCACGUUGAGACAGCCGCCUGCCUCUCUCUGCAAGGUUCCCUCCUCCUUCACCUCCCCCUCCCUGCCCCACACAAUACCCAGGAGCUUGCCUUGCUCGGCUCUGGGGCCAUGCUGACAUGCUGACAUCGCCCCCUGAGGACUUGGCUGCAACCCCAGAGCCCCCAGGGUGUCCCGGAGCCCUGGACCGUGCUGGCAGCUGGACGGAGCUCCCUGGCUGAGGUAGGGCCCCACCUGGGUGCCAGCAGUCCCAUUAUCUUCCCGCCAGUUUUCCCCGCUGAGUGAGCCCUUUGUGCUGCCCGCCUGGUCUCUGAUCCUGGCUCUGACCCACUAUGGCCUUCUGGGGCUCUGUGAACCACUUGGCCUGGAUCCACUUUCCAGCCAUGACUUCCCACCUGGCUUUAUUCCUUAAAGGGCAGAGAGGCUCUGGCAGGGUACCAGCUCUCCUGGGCAACAAGGCAAGGGGCACCCGGGAGGGGGCAGGGAAAAGCUAGGUACAGGAGGCCAGAAACGCUUUUUCUGAUCAUGGUAGUGUCCAGGGACUCUCUGGCAGCCUUGCUAAAUGGGCCCAUCGUCUUCUGUAAUUAGCAGCACCCACCAAGGGUACUUUCCUCGGCCCCUGCCCAUCCUUCUUGGCCCAGAGACAUUUAUGAUGAGACAUGUUAGAGAGGGCAUUGGGCGGUGGGGCGGUCCCUUAGGAGCCACUUUACAGAUGGGAAUACUGAGGCCAAGGGAUGGGCUGUGAAUUGCCUAAGGCCACACAGCUGGUCAGUGUCAACACUGGGCCUCAAAGCUUGGGCGGAGGUUAUUCUUUUUGGGCUCCAGAGUGGCCCUUGCCUAGUAGACACUAGAGUCUCUAUCCUGUGAUCGUGCCUUGGGAAGGUAAUGUCCCUGCUGUCUGGGGCCAGUUCUCUUUCUGAGGUUUUUGUUUGUUUUUUCUAACAGAGAUGAGCUACACACAAUAUGAACACAGCUUGUCCCUCUUAGCUCCCCAGCAUUGAGGUUGGGUGGGCCAAACCCCUGGAGGGCCACAGGGCUGGCAUCCCAGCUAGAUGGGUCAUUCUUAUUACCCCUUGGCUUGAGCAUAGGUGGAGGCUGACACACUCCUGACUUCCCCGCUAGGUACCUGCCUCCAGCUUCAUCUCCCCAGGAAGCCUUCUAUGUCCCCUCUCCCCACAUUCACCUAGCCUUCUCCUCUGCAGCCUUAACUGGGGGUGCUCCUGCUGCAAAGCCUCAAUGUUUUGCCUACUUAUCCCUGCGAGCCAUGGGAGAGAGGGUCCCUCCCUGCCCUCCAGGAGCUUCCAGAACCCAAGUGCUAGAAUCUCCCAGCAUACAAAGGGGCAGGGGGCAUGUGUACAUGCCUGCACAUGUGUGCCCCCAGAAGCAAGCGGGACUUCUGUGUCGAGGACUUCUGAUUCCUGCAGAGAAAGAGACCUGUCUGUGGGCAGGGGCCUCCUUCUGCACACUCCUGCAAUAUAAUGUGUGUCUCAGCCUCACUCCUUCAUCUUCCCCAUCUGUGUGAAGGCCUGAGCUGCCUUCUGUCUAGAGAAAGACUGAUGAUAAUAAAAAUACUAUCCUAUUUGCUGGAUGAGGAGACUGAGGCUUAGGGAGACUUGCUCAGAUGGGUACUUUUCAGGCUAGAGGGACAGAGGCUGAUGGUACAAGCUAGAGUGGCCACCGUAGAGAGGACCCCUUUGGAGCAGCCAGUCCCCUUCUUCCCACCCUCCCAGACAGCAGGGUGAAGGGAGCAGGGGGAAGCAGUUGAGAAGCUGUGCAGAGAGACUGGGACCUGCCAUAGACCCAGCCAUCUCUCGCUGGGUCCUCUUCUCCCUCCCUGUCUCCAAUAGUGACUGACACUGUCACUGUUCAGGCCAAGGCUUUCCCUCUAAGUGCACUAUGUAUUUCAGCCAUGGAGCAGUUACCUAUUACCUCCUCCAGGAAGUCUUCCUGGAAUACCCAGGUUGAGUUGAGCCGACCACCCUCCUCUGAUGGUUCCUCUGGCUUGGCUCUUGCCAACCAGGAUUGUAACUGUUUUCGUUUUUGGCUCUGCCACUAGACUGGCAGCCCACGGGCAUGAAAUGUUUGUCCAUCUGUCUCCCUGGGUUUUCUGGGUUUCAUCUGUGUCUCUGAGGAUCUGGUUGGCCUGAAAUUGUCAGUGUCUCUGUCUCCAUCUCUGUUUCCCUGAAUGUCUCAGCAUCUGUGGUUUUUCUGUUUUUGAAUGUCUUGGGGUCUUGGUUUCUCAGUUACUGGCUAAAUGGUCUCUGUUUCUCUGGGUCUCUCUCAGUCUUCAUUUCCUGGCUCUCCUGGUCCUGCCAGGCUGGGCACUGCCCCUUUGGCCUGAGGGGGCCUCUGGGGGGUCCUGGCUGCCCGGCCUGCCCACAGCGAGGCCAGGCUAGGGUAGGCCCCCGCCCAGCCCGCUGCCUGCUCCCUCCCUCCCUCCCUGCUUGCCUCACCACAGGGUUUGAUGAAUCAAACUCUUUGUCUGGGUGGGAUCUCCCCCAGCCAGCUGGGCAGAGAGAGGGCUUCCCCUGCCGGAACAGCCAAACAGCAUCAGCAGCGGGCCUGGGCCCAGAGAGGGCCAGGUGGGUGGCAGAGCAAAAGAGGAAUGGACUGUGGGCCACCUGCUACCCUCCAGCCCCACCUGACUGGGCCACCUGGCACUGCCCACCACCCUGUAGCAGUGUGCCAGCAGGAGAGUCUGUCCUUUGCAGAGCUGCCCGCCCUGAAGCCCCCAAGCCCAGUGUGUCUGGACCUUUUCCCUGUUGCCCCAGAGGAGCUUCGGGCUCCUGGCAGCCGCUGGUCCCUGGGGACCCCUGCCCCUCUCCAAGGGUUGCUAUGGCCAUCAUCCCCAGGAGGCUCAGAUACAGAGAUCACCAGCGGGGGGAUGCGGCCCAGCAGGGCUGGCAGCUGGCCACACUGUCCUGGUGCCCAGCCCCCAGUUCUGGAGGGACCCUGGAGUCCCCGACACACACAGCCACAGCGCCGGGCCAGCCACGGCUCAGAGAAGAAGUCUGCCUGGCGCAAGAUGCGGGUGUACCAGCGUGAAGAGGUCCCCGGCUGCCCCGAGGCCCACGCUGUCUUCCUAGAGCCUGGCCAGGUAGUGCAAGAGCAGGCCCUGAGCACAGAGGAGCCCAGGGUGGAGUUGUCUGGGUCCACCCGAGUGAGCCUCGAAGGUCCUGAGCGGAGGCGCUUCUCGGCAUCGGAGCUGAUGACCCGGCUGCACUCUUCUCUGCGCCUGGGGCGGAAUUCAGCAGCCCGGGCACUCAUCUCUGGGUCAGGCACCGGAGCAGCCCGGGAAGGGAAAGCAUCUGGAAUGGAGGCUCGAAGUGUAGAGAUGAGCGGGGACCGGGUGUCGCGGCCAGCCCCUGGUGACUCACGAGAGGGCCAUGGCGAUUGGUCCGAGCCCAGGCUAGACACACAGGAAGAGCCGCCUUUGGGGUCCAGGAGCACCAACGAGCGGCGCCAGUCUCGAUUCCUCCUUAACUCCGUCCUCUAUCAGGAAUACAGCGACGUGGCCAGCGCCCGCGAACUGCGGCGGCAGCAGCGCGAGGAGGAGGGCCCGGGGGACGAGGCCGAAGGCGCAGAGGAGGGGCCGGGGCCGCCGCGCGCCAACCUCUCCCCCAGCAGCUCCUUCCGGGCGCAGCGCUCGGCGCGAGGCUCCACCUUCUCGCUGUGGCAGGAUAUCCCCGACGUACGCGGCAGCGGCGUCCUGGCCACGCUGAGCCUGCGGGACUGCAAGCUGCAGGAGGCCAAGUUUGAGCUGAUCACCUCCGAGGCCUCCUACAUCCACAGCCUGUCGGUGGCUGUGGGCCACUUCUUAGGCUCUGCCGAGCUGAGCGAGUGUCUGGGGGCGCAGGACAAGCAGUGGCUGUUUUCCAAACUGCCCGAGGUCAAGAGCACCAGCGAGAGGUUCCUGCAGGACCUGGAGCAGCGGCUGGAGGCAGAUGUGCUGCGCUUCAGCGUAUGCGACGUGGUGCUGGACCACUGCCCGGCCUUCCGCAGAGUCUACCUGCCCUAUGUCACCAACCAGGCCUACCAGGAGCGCACCUACCAGCGCUUGCUCCUGGAGAACCCCAGGUUCCCUGGCAUCCUGGCUCGCCUGGAGGAGUCUCCUGUGUGCCAGCGUCUGCCCCUUACCUCCUUCCUUAUCCUGCCCUUCCAGAGGAUCACCCGCCUCAAGAUGUUGGUGGAGAACAUCCUGAAGCGGACAGCACAGGGCUCUGAAGACGAAGACAUGGCCACCAAGGCCUUCAAUGCGCUCAAGGAGCUGGUGCAGGAGUGCAAUGCUAGUGUACAGUCCAUGAAGAGGACAGAGGAACUCAUCCACCUGAGCAAGAAGAUCCACUUUGAGGGCAAGAUUUUCCCGCUGAUCUCUCAGGCCCGCUGGCUGGUUCGGCAUGGAGAGUUGGUAGAGCUGGCACCACUGCCUGCAGCACCCCCUGCCAAGCUGAAGCUGUCCAGCAAGGCAGUCUACCUCCACCUCUUCAAUGACUGCUUGCUGCUCUCUCGGCGGAAGGAGCUAGGGAAGUUUGCCGUUUUCGUCCAUGCCAAGAUGGCUGAGCUGCAGGUGCGGGACCUGAGCCUGAAGCUGCAGGGCAUCCCCGGCCACGUGUUCCUCCUCCAGCUCCUCCACGGGCAGCACAUGAAGCACCAGUUCCUGCUUCGGGCCCGGACGGAAAGUGAGAAGCAGCGAUGGAUCUCAGCCUUGUGCCCCUCCAGCCCCCAGGAGGACAAGGAGGUCAUCAGUGAGGGGGAAGGCAGCAUCCUGGAGAUCACAAAGCCUUCGUAGCCUCCCAUUUCACCCCUGUUUUACAAGUUAGAAGAGAGGUUCAGAGAUAAAUGGACUUGUGUAAGUUCACCCAGCCAGUAAGUAGCAGAGCCGAGACCAGAGCCCGGGUCUGUCUCCAUCUUUGCAUCAGUUGCAAACAAGACAAGAAGCAGCCGGAGCCAGGGUAUGAGGGGUGGUGGGGGUAGUGGUGACAGGUGAGACAUCUGCUCAGUUGGAAUAAAGGUUUUUCCUUUGGGUGUGAAGUGAGGCUGGUAAGCCAGGGUGCGACCUAAUCAUAGAGAGCCUUCCUAUAGUGUCCCUAGGGAGCUAUUGAAGGUUUGUUUGGGUAUUUUUUGAGACAGGGUCUUGCUCUAUUGCCCAGGCUGGAGUGCAGUGGCAUGAUCAUGGAUCACUGUAGUCUCAACCUCCUGGGCUCAAGUGAUCCUCCUGCCUUAGCCUUUUGAGUAGUUGGGACCACAGAUAUGCACUACCACACCUGGAUACCACACCUUUAUUUUUAUUUUUUGUAGCGAUAUGGUCUUGAUAUGUUGCCCAGGCUGGCCUCAAACUCCCAGACUCAAGCAAUCCUUUCCCUUCAGCCUCCCAGAGUGCUGGGAUUAUAGGCAUGAGCCAUCAUGCCUGGCUUAUUGGAGGCCUUUAUUUGUUUAUUUUUUUGGAGAGACAGUUUUACUCUGUACCCCAGGCCGGAGUGCAGUGGCACAAUCUCUGCUCAUUGCAACCUCCACCUCCCGGGUUCAAGUGAUUCUUAUGCCUUAGCCUCGCGAGUAGCUGGGAUUACAGGCACUUGCCACCACACCUGGCUUUUUUUUUUUUUUUUGAGACAGAGUCUCACCCUGCCAUCCAGGCUGGAGUGCAAUGGCACAAUCUUGGCUCACUGCAACCUCCACCUCCCAGGUUCAAACAAUUCUCCUGCCUCAGCCUCCCAAGUAGCUGGGAUUAUAGGUGCCUGCCACCAUGCCCAGCUAAUUUUUGUAUUUUUGGUAGAGGCAGGGUUUUGCCAUGUUGACCGUGGCUGGUCUCGAACUCCUGGCCUCAAGUGAUUCACCUGCCUCAGCCUCCCAAAGUGCUGGGAUUACAGGUGUGAGCCACUGCGCCCAGCCUUAAUGGAGGCUUUUGAGCAGAGGAGUUAGGGCUGAGCUUUAGGUAGUAAAGGGAAAGAAAGGGCACUCAUGCCCACUGAGCGCCUGCCAUAGGCCAGGCCCAGGGCUAGGGGCCUUGUAUUUGCAUUAAAUCUAAUUUAAUCCUCAUGGCAACCCUACUAGGUAGACAUUUUUCAUAUCUGAGAAAACUCAGGCUUAGAAGGUGAAGUAAAUUGGUCACACAGCCAGUAAGUGGCAGAACUGGGAUUCAAGCGAGGUCUGGCCCCUCAGUCUGUGGCUUUGGAUGCUACCAGCCCACCUGGUCUAAUGAAAAGAGCUGAGGACCAGGAAGGGGGUAGAUGCUCUGGCUUGAGCUAGGAGUCCCACCUGGGUGGGGGUAAGCUCUCUAUUCCCAGAUGGUCAGGGGAGGUCCCUGGCAAUUAACAUUUGACCCCUGAAGGAUGAGGAGAGGUUGUCACGAAAAGAUCUGGGGAAGAGCAUCUGGCAGAAGGAAGAGCCAGCACAAAGGCCCUGGGGCAGGAGGGAGCUUAGAGUGAGGAACAGCAGGGAGGCUGGUGUGGCUGGAGCUUUGUGAGCGAGUAGGGAGGGAAAGUGGAGGGGAAAGUAGGGAGGGAACGUGGAGGGGAGAGUAGGGAGGGAAAGUGGAGGGGAGAAGACGAGGAUAGCAGGGGGCGAUGCCAGACCAUGAAGGGCCUUGUAGGGCCUAGGGAGGACUUUGGAUUUUAUUCUAAGAGGACUGGGAAGCCCUGGAGGGCUUUAAACAGGGGAGCGAUGCAGCUUGAAUCCCAGUUGGGAAGGAUGGGCCAAAGGGAGCAUCAGAGCGAUGUUAGGGGCACAUUGCAGGGCCGUUACUGUUUUCUGUGGGGUAUCUGGGGGCAGUUGGACGUUGGGGUCUGAAGGUCAAAAGCAAGGUGUUGGCUUGAGCUGGGGAGGGGACAGCCAUUGGUAUAGAGGCAGAAACUGAAGCUGGGAUGGACUGGAUUAAUCCUGCACUUGUGUUUAGGGUAGGAGAGGAGAUAGGCCAGGGUGGGCAGAGGGUAUGCCUGCUUGAACGUGGGCCUGUGGCAUGGGAGUGGCAGAGGAAUAGAAGCCUCAAUGGCCACCUUCCCACCCCCUUACUUCCUCCUACUGCCCCUCCCUGCCCUACCCAUGCUCCUGCCCCUGCCAUCCUGCCCUUGGGACUCCCUGAGCCUCCCUUGGGCUGUCAGAUUGCCCCCAGGUUCAGUGUGUUAGGACAUACAAGGCACUGCACCCAGAUGAGCUGACCUUGGAGAAGACUGACAUCCUGGCAGUGAGGACCUGGACCAG